AUGCUCCCCCGAGCUGCGUUCCGCGCGCUGCGCACCCGACCUGCACUGGCAGCGCCGCGCAUAGCUCCCAUCACAUCGACGCCGCAAUGGACGCGCUCGUAUGCCAAGGUCGGCAGGCCGAAGAGCCCGCAGAUGGUCGACGAGCAGGCCAAGACGCGCCCGAUCCCCGUCAGCCCAGCACAGCAGCCCGAGUUUACAGAGACGUCGAGCUCGCCCGCCGCCAACACAGCGCCCGCGUCCACCACACGGCCGCGGCCCGCGAGCGCCAACGCGACGGUGGACAAGGCGUCGCAGCAGGCCCAGGGCACCGAGGAGGAGCUGUCCGGCCCCACGUCGCCCGCCGCCAACACAGACGCCCACUCGACCGAGUCGCCCGACGCGCCGCCGCCGCCGCCGCAGGCCCAGAAGCCGCUGCCCGACCUGCGCUUCGGCAUCCCCUCGACCUUUGCCGCCGAGCACGACGCGGAGGCCAGGGCGAAGCGCGACCCAAACGAUCCCAACGCCGCGCCCGAGCAGCCCGAGCAGCCCGAGCAGCCUGAGCACCCCGCGUACGGCGGCGCAGGCGGCCGCGAGCUGCCCAAGAGCGCCUACGAGACCAGCACCGACCGGCGGCGGAACCGCGUCGCCAACUGGGGAUACCUCGCCACGCUGCUGUUCGGCACAGUCGGCGCCGCCUACAUGGGGCGUCCGUGGGACAGCGACGACGACGCCAAGGCCCACGCCGACAUUGCCAACGACUGGACCCCCGCGCUCAUGUACGCCCGCGCCGCCGCCCGCAUCAAUGGCCAGAAGGCCUACUACACCGACCCCGCCUUCCAGAAGCUGCUGCCCGACAAGGACAAGAUCCCCGGCGGCGCCCCCGAGCUGACCCUGGUGCUGUCGCUCGAGGAUCUGCUGCUGCACUCGGAGUGGUCCACCAAGCACGGCUACCGUCUGGCGAAGCGUCCCGGCCUCGACUACUUCCUGCGCUACCUCAGCUCGCAGUACGAGCUCGUCAUCUUCACCUCGGUCAAGUCCAUGGACGCCGACCCCAUCAUCCGCAAGCUCGACCCCUUCCGCCUCGUCAUGUGGCCGCUGUUCCGCGAGGCCACGCGCUUUGAGAAUGGCGAGUACAUCAAGGACCUCUCCUACCUCAACCGCGACCCCUCCAAGGUCAUCGUCAUGGACACGGACCCCUCGCACGUCAAGCUGCAGCCGGAAAACGCCAUCGUCCUGCCCAAGUGGAAGGGCGACCCCGCCGACAAGGGCCUCGUCGCCAUGAUCCCCUUCCUCGAGUACCUCGCCAUGAUGGCCGCCACCGGCCAGCCCGUCGACGUGCGCAAAGUCCUCGAGUCGAUGAAGGGCAAGGACAUCCCCACCGAGUACGCCCGCCGCGAGGCCAAGCUGCGCGACGCCUUCCAGCGCGAUCUGGCCGAGACGAAGAAGAAGAGCAAGGGCAGCCUCGGCGGCAUGUUUACAAAGUCGCUCGGCCUCGACGCCGCCAAGCAGCCCGGCAUGCAGCUCGGCGACCAGAACAUCAGCCAGGGCAUGAGCGAGGGCAAGAUGAUGAUUGACAUGUACCGCGACUUCAACAUCCAGAACUACCAGCACCUCGACAAGCAGAUUCGCGAGAACGGCGACCAGUGGCUGAAGGAGAUGGCCGACGAGGAGAAGAAGAUGCAGGACGCCGCCAUGAAGGACAUGAAGGCCGGCGCCUUUAGCUGGCUCGGCGCCGCGCCCCAGUCCGCUGCUGUCCCGUCCGCCGCGUCGGCGCCCGAGGCUGCCACCGCACACGCCGGCGUGCCGCCCUCGCAGACGAGCUGA